GGGCGGACUCAGCGCCCGCCGGAGGAGCGGCGGGGCCGGGACAGGUCUCAGAGUGCCUGCUGGACCGUGGAGGCCCCUCGUGGCUGAGAGGAGGAGCACUAUCUGGCAGCACUGCAGGUCACUGUGCCAGCCUGCGGGGAAGAUGAAUGGCUGGGUUUCACACACACUCUGCCUGUCCGUCCUCCUGGUGUCCCUGUUGAACAAUGUCCUUGCUUGGAGUAGUCAGGAUCUCCAUUGUGGAGCUUGUCGGGCCCUGGUGGACGAGCUGGAGUGGGAGAUCUCCCAGGUGGACCCCAAGAAAACCAUCCAGAUGGGGUCGUUCCGUAUCAACCCGGACGGCAGCCAGUCGGUCCUAGAGGUGCCCUACGCCAGAUCCGAAGCUCACCUGACGGAGCUGCUGGAGCGGGUCUGUGAGAAGAUGAAAGAGUAUGGGGAGAAGGUGGAUCCCUCCACCCACCGGAAAAGCUACGUCCGCGUGAUCUCCCACGACGGGACCAAGAUGGACCUUUCUGAGACCAAAAUGGACGGGGAUGUGACGACCCGCCUGAAGUUUGCGUGCGAGAGGAUCGCCGAGGAGUAUGAAGAUGAGCUCAUUGAAUUCUUCUCCCGUGAGACCGACAACGUCAAGGAUCGGCUCUGCAGCAAGCGGACCGAUCUGUGCGACCAUGCCCUGAACAUCCCCCAUGAUGAGCUGUGAAGCGCGAAGGCCUGGAUCAAACUGGACAUCCCCUGUAGCGAACUCCUCCCCUGCCCGCUGGCAUUGCCCUGGGAACCUCGCUGUGUGUCACCCGGAAACCCCAAUCUUCGCUUGGGGAGGAAAGCAGACAGAAGCUUCCUUCGGAGGGAAAGACGUUGUCCUUCUCCUGCCCCCUCGGGAUCGCUUGACUUUCAAUCUGCCUUUAGGCUGUCGAUGUUUCCUCCCUCGCCCCUUCCCCGAGGAGAUGGACAGAUGUUCCUGUAGGGUCCUGAGUCUGGAUUUGACCCCUCCUCCCCCUGCCCAAUUACUCUGGUGCUUUUAUGUCUUAUUUAUUUUGGUUGAGCUUCCACCGUAACGGUCUUGGGGUGGGAGUGUCAGCUCUUGGGAAGAGGAAGGGGGGCCAGGAACCAGGACUCCUGGGUUCUGUUCCAGCUCUGAGAGGAGAUGCUCUCUGGGGGGCAGAGCUGGGCAUGGGCAUCAGGACUCCGAGUUCUAGACGGGCUGGUGGAGUGAGAUCUCCCAGGUUUUAUUUUGAGCAGCAAUGUAUUCUAGUGGCUACAGUGCUGGGGCAGGAGUCAAGACUCGGGUUCUGUUCUGGCUCUGACGCUGUCUCACUGUGACCGUGGGCAACUCACUUCUCUGUGGCUUUUCUGAAGAGUCCAGGGGAAGGGGACUGCACAGAGACUUCUCCACCAUCAUCCGUCCAAAGGGGACACUUCCAGCCGCCAGCAGCAGGAGCCACGGUUAUUGAGCUCAAAUGACCCGGCCGAGUCGGCGCUCUGCUAGCAACGUCUGCACGCGCAGGGUGGAGGGAUCCGGUUUUCCAGGGGGAGUCGUGUUACUUUGGAGGGCUUCUUUUUAAAUGUCUCAGGUCUGUUUCCUGAGGACCUCUUUCUAGGCGGCAGAUCGCUGUGAUCUCUGGCGCAGGGCAGUAGAAUAAACCUCUGGCCACGCUGCAGUUGGAA